AUGGGUGUGGUGAUAAUAGACGGUACCACCGUAACAAACUUCAUAGCCGACGACGAGCGUUUCACAAACAGCGUCAACGAACAGUUUUCGUCUCUCGACCUCAACAACGACGGCGUUUUAUCACGCGCCGAGCUUCGCACAGCCUUUGAAUCGAUGAGACUAAUCGAGGCACACUUCGGCAUCGACGUAUCGACUCCGGCGGAGCAACUCACGCGCCUUUACGACUCCGUGUUCGACGCUUUUGACGGUGACGGAAGUGGCACUGUCGAUCGUGACGAGUUUAAAUCCGAGAUGAAGAAGAUCAUGCUUGCGAUUGCUGAUGGAUUGGGAUCUUCGCCUAUUCAGAUGGUUCUGGAAGAUGAUUCGCAGAGUCUUCUUCAGAAAGCGGCGGAUCUUGAAGCUUCUAAGUACGCUGCCGUUUGA